AUGGGAAGCGCGAUAAUUCCAGCGGACGAUUAUAUCCUCGGAAGAAGCAUCACGGACUCCGUUAGAUUGGAUGCCCAGCAUCUUCUAUGGAAAUUUCACAAGGGGUACGAGCUACAUCCUGAAAUCCCAGUCAGCAAUGACAUGAAGAUUGCCGAUCUUGGUUGCGGCACAGGAAUCUGGCUCCUUGACCUGUCGAGACAGCUGCCGUCAACCGUGCAACUACAUGGCUUUGACAGUAGUGGCCAACAAUACCCACCCUCUGGACUGUGGGCGAAGAACAUGACGCUCAGCGUGGUGGACCUGAUGUCAGAUCUACCACCCUCCCUGACGGGACAAUAUGAUGUGGUGCAUCUGCGGAUGUGGGCGAGCAAUGUGCGCGAAGGCGAGACAGCUACCUUGAUCCGUCAAGCGAAACAACUCCUAAAACCGGGGGGUUACAUCCAGUGGGAAGAUGCGGACCUGCACAACCAGGUCACGGAGGGCCGUGUGGCGGAGGAGGCCGCUGCGCGGAUGAGCGACUUGUUUCGGCGGGUCAACCGCAAAUACAUAUGGGUCUCCGAGCUCCCCGAUCGCAUGCGCAAAGAGGACUUGGAGAUCAUCGAGUCUGACCACGGCCGGUUUGCCCCCCCUCUAGUGGACCUGUGCACCCGGACCUACAUUCUAGCCCUACGCGAGUUGACGCAGGGCAUCAAAAGAGGACUGUCCGGGGACAUUCUGUUGUCAGUGUCCGAGCAAGAGGUCGCUCUUCAGUGUCUUGCAACACAGCAGAAGGAGAAGAUCAUUUACAACUGGUCCCCGGUUACGGUGCUGGCUCGGUCUAGGGAGUAA